AGCACUGUCUCUCUACAUAUCUCACUCUAUAUAUGUAGAGAGAGAAACCAUACGGUGAGGACUGAUGUCGUUGUUGCAGAGCAAAGUAGUUCUCUGUAAACCCUAGAGAGCUCUGUUUUCUCUCUCAUCGUCAAAGCCGCCUCUUUUUCUUGGGUGUGUUCAGAUCUGAAGUUGCUGGUACGAUCGUUGUUACCUAUUCUACACACUCGGUCGUUCUUGUGGAUUUUCAUGCAAGAGAGAGGUUUGAGGUUGCUUUAGGGUUCAUCGAUUUCAGUUCUUGUGGUGUGUUUCUUUUUAACUCUUUUUUAGGUCUUUGUGUUCUUUGUAUUUGAUGAUUGAAGGCAAAACUUGUGGCUUUGUGUGUAUUUUGAGGGGAAUUGAAGCUGAAAUGACAACAAAAUAGGGGUUUUCAUGAACCAAGUGUUGGGGCAUUUUUUUUGCAUCAGUCUUUGGUGAAUUGGGUUGUAAUUUAUCAGUAUCGUGUAUGAGUUCUUUGGUGAAUUGGUGUAAAUUGGGUCGUUGUGAGCUCAAAAGUGGAAUAGGAACUCCCAAGAAUUGAAUUUUUGGUUUAUUGAGCUUUGGAAAUUUGAAACAAAGGAGAUUUGUCUGUGUCCGAGCUGUUAGAAUUGAAAAGAUCAAAUAAUUUAUACUGAUUAUUUGCACUGGAGUGGUUAGGGGUACCCGGACGAGGAGACAUGUCGUCCCUGAGUCGGGAGCUGGUUUUCUUAAUCUUACAGUUCUUAGAUGAGGAGAAGUUCAAGGAGACAGUCCAUAAGUUGGAACAAGAGUCUGGUUUCUUCUUCAAUAUGAAAUACUUUGAGGAUCAAGUCCAAGCAGGUGAAUGGGAUGAAGUUGAGCGUUAUUUAUGUGGCUUCACAAAGGUUGAGGACAACCGGUACUCGAUGAAGAUUUUCUUUGAAUUACGAAAACAAAAGUACUUGGAAGCUCUUGAUCAGCAUGAUCGUGCAAAAGCUGCAGAGAUUCUUGUGAAGGAUCUCAAGGUGUUUGCUUCUUUCAAUGAACUUCUUUUCAAGGAGAUCACCCAGCUACUUACACUUGACAAUUUUAGGCAGAAUGAGCAGCUUUCUAAGUAUGGGGACACAAAGUCGGCACGAAAUAUUAUGCUAGUUGAACUUAAGAAGCUUAUAGAGGCAAAUCCAUUAUUCCGUGACAAACUUACAUUUCCCACAUUCAAUUCUUCUCGAUUGCGGACGUUGAUAAAUCAGAGUCUUAACUGGCAGCAUCAACUUUGCAAGAAUCCCCGCCCAAACCCUGAUAUCAAGACACUUUUUACUGAUCACACUUGUGCUUCUAGUAACGGAGCCCGUGCUCCUCCACCUACUAAUAACCCUCUUGCAGGACCUGUUCCUAGAGCUGGGGUGUUCCCGCCUAUUGGAGCCCAUAUCCCAUUCCAGCCAGUUGUUUCUCCAGCUGCAAGUGCCAUAGCGGGUUGGAUGUCAAAUGCUAACCCUUCCAUGCCUCAUGCUGCCGUUGCACCAGGGCCCCCUGGCCUUGUCCAGCCUCCUGGUGCAGCUGCAUUCCUGAAACACCCAAGGACUCCUCCAGGUGCUCCUGGGAUGGAUUAUCAGACAGCAGAUUCAGAGCAUCUGAUGAAACGUAUUAGAUCUGGCCAAUCUGACGAGGUGUCCUUUUCUGGUUCAACAUUCCCCAACAUUUAUUCGCCAGAUGAUCUUCCAAAAACUGUCGUGAGAAAUCUUAACCAAGGAUCUAGUGUGAUGAGCAUGGACUUUCAUCCACAACAACAAACUUUUCUUCUAGUUGGGACGAAUGUUGGUGACAUUAGCAUUUGGGAAGUUGGAUCUCGAGAAAGGUUAGCACAUAAACCCUUCAAGGUUUGGGAUCUCUCAGCAUGUACAAUGCCAUUGCAGACAGCUUUGGUGAAAGAUGCCACCAUAUCUGUCAAUCGAUGCAUUUGGGGCCCAGAUGGAUCUAUACUUGGUGUUGCUUUCUCAAAACACAUUGUUCAGAUAUAUACUUACAAUCCAGCAGGAGAAUUAAGACAGCAUUUGGAAAUUGAUGCUCAUGUUGGCGGUGUUAAUGAUAUUGCCUUUGCUCAUCCUAAUAAGCAACUUUGUAUUGUCACAUGUGGUGAUGACAAGACAAUUAAGGUGUGGGAUGCUGUAGCUGGACGCAGGCAGUAUAUAUUUGAAGGCCAUGAAGCUGCUGUAUAUUCUGUCUGCCCCCAUUAUAAGGAGAAUAUUCAGUUUAUUUUUUCCACUGCCAUUGAUGGGAAAAUUAAAGCAUGGCUCUAUGAUUGCUUGGGAUCGAGAGUGGAUUAUGAUGCCCCUGGACUUUGGUGCACUGCAAUGGCAUAUAGUGCUGAUGGAACCAGACUUUUCUCUUGUGGAACAAGCAAAGAGGGUGAAUCCCACCUGGUUGAGUGGAAUGAGAGUGAAGGAGCCAUUAAGAGGACAUAUUCUGGUUUUAGAAAGCGCUCUUCAGGUGUCGUGCAGUUCGACACAACAAAGAACCGUUUCUUAGCUGCUGGUGAUGAAUUCCAGAUAAAGUUUUGGGAUAUGGACAGUACCAACAUACUAACAAUUACUGAUGCAGACGGUGGAUUGCCUGCAAGCCCUAGACUAAAAUUUAACAAGGAAGGUUCAUUGAUGGCUGUUACAACUAGUGAUAGCGGAAUCAAGAUUUUAGCAAAUAUUGAUGGGCAGCGCAUGCUGAGGAUGCUUGAGAGCAGGGCAUUUGAGGGGUCUCGAAGCCUUUCUGAAGCUGUCAACGUUAAACCUCCGAUAGCUGGUGCAUUAGGCCCCAUUACCAAUCUUUCUGGCUCUGCAGUUCCAACCCCAGAACGUUCUGAUAGAAUCCAACCUCCCGUGUCCAUUGGCACUCUUGCUGCUGUUGAAAGCAGCAGGGCUGCUGAUAUUAAACCACGGAUUUUGGAUAAUGUUGGCAAAGUUAAAAGCUGGAAAAUCCCUGAUAUAGUUGACUCGGCUCAACUAAAGGCUUUACGAUUGCCUGACCCUUUGACAGUAAGCAAGGUUGUGCGACUGCUCUACACUAAUUCUGGGCUAGCCUUGCUUGCACUUGCCUCCAAUGCUGUUCAUAAGCUCUGGAAAUGGCAGCGUACUGACCGCAAUCCAUCUGGAAAAUCUACUGCAUCUAUUGUGCCACAGUUGUGGCAGCCUUCAACUGGGGCUCUUAUGACUAAUGAUUCCAGUGACACUAAACCAGCUGAAGAGUCAGCAGCAUGCAUUGCAUUAUCUAAAAAUGAUUCUUAUGUCAUGUCUGCCUCGGGUGGGAAGGUCUCUUUGUUCAACAUGAUGACAUUUAAGGUUAUGACAACUUUCAUGGCUCCACCUCCUGCAGCAACCUACUUGGCAUUCCAUCCGCAAGACAACAAUAUAAUUGCCAUAGGAAUGGAGGAUUCUACCAUUCAGAUAUACAAUGUUCGGGUUGAUGAGGUAAAAACCAAGCUCAACGGUCACCAGAAACGAAUCACAGGGCUUGCAUUUUCCAAGAAUCUGAAUGUUCUGGUAUCAUCUGGGGCUGAUGCGCAGCUAUGUGUCUGGAACAUUGAUGGAUGGGAGAAGAGGAAAGCAAUGCCCAUACAAGUACCAACUGGCCACCAAUCUCCCCUGGUUGGAGAAACUAAAGUUCAGUUCAAUAAGGAUCAAACCCAUCUGUUAGUGGUCCAUGAAAGCCAAAUUGCUAUUUAUGAUAGCCAACUCGAGUUGUUGAGAUCAUGGUAUCCAAGGGAUUCACUUUCUGCUGCCAUUUCAAGUGCAAUAUACUCAUGUGAUGGUCUGCUGAUCUUCACUGGAUUUUGUGAUGGUGCUAUUGGAGUUUUUGAUGCAGACAGUCUCAGGCUUCGAUGUCGGAUAGCACCAUCUGCUUAUAUAUCUUCUUCCAUUGCCAGCAGCAACGGCAGUUCCUUUCCUGUGGUGAUUGCAGCACAUCCAUCUGAACCUAACCAAAUUGCUCUUGGAAUGAGCGACGGCGCAGUCCAUGUGAUCGAGCCUUCUGAUGCAGAGCCAAAGUGGGGCAGCUCAGUGCCUCAAGAAAAUGGGGCUUUACCUUCCGUCGCCUCAAAUUCUGCCUUGAAUAAUAGUCAGCCAUCUGAAACCCCUUCUAGGUGACCCUUAUAAGACAGGAUUAUUCUUGAUGAAGCUAUGGCACUCACACGCGUACUUUUUUUUGCAAUCAUUAACCGGUUGUAAAUCUAUAUAUAUAUAUAUAUAUAUACAUAUCGCCUCAUUUGUUUUUGACAAAAAUUCAGAGGCAAAGUCUACACAUUGUUGGUCAAUCACAAAUUUGGGUGAUGAGGCCAUUUUUUGCCUUACAAGUUAUGUAAUGCAUUUAGAUUGCAUGAGUCUAUUUGUGAGAGUGAUUUUAUGUUGUUGUAUUCAUGUACAGGUUCAACUACUGGUAAAGAUUGUCGUUUAUUCCUCAGGAAAUGAAAGAUGAUUCUGACUAUA